AUUUAAACGAAUUGAAUUCUGAAUCACGAAUUUUAAGCUUGCACUUAAACGUGUUCUCGUUAAUAUGUUGCUGCUAUUAUUACUAACGAACCAAUAUUAUCAAUAGAUUUUUUUUAAGCUAUUCUUUUAGACUCAAAAACAAAACUGCCUGGAUGUGUAAACAUUAUUGGUCCAUUCUUUUAACCGUUUAAAGAAUUUAGCAAUAAAAAUAGCUUUUCGUGCUACGCCAGAUAGAUGUGUUAACAAGAUUUUUUCUUAUAAAAACCUCUGAAAUUUUCCUCCCUCGAAAAAAAAAUAUAAAAACCUCUGAAAUUCUCCUCCCUCGAAAAAAAAUACUCAUCAUUUUCCAUCAAUUCAAUAACUUAUAAAAAAAACUAUGGCUCAUAAUUCUUCAAAUAAUUUUGGUGAUAAUGUCUACGAAUCAAAUUCCCAAAAAACUGUUGCUCAGACGUACGAUACAUAUUUGCCUGUCAUGCCUGUCACAUAUUGCGAUAACGUUAAUAACCCAAUUUCUGAUCAGAUAUCAAACACUAUCUCUCCCAAUCAGCAACCCAAUGUCUCUUCGCCUAAUCAUCAGCAGCCCACAUCAAUUUACCAGCAACAAUAUGAUGCCAAUUAUGCCAACUAUGCUAACUAUCAACAAUGUAAUAAUCAACAAUCCCCCAUUUAUAACUACUUUAGCGAUAACAACAUUAUCUUUCCCGAUCAGCAACCCAAUGCUGCAUCACCUAAUCAUAAUCAGCAAUAUGAUAACGCCAUUUCUAACUAUAGCGAUAACGUCACUAACUCUCCUGAUCAGCAACCCAAUGUUUCUUCACCUAAUCAUAAUCAGCAAUAUCAUCAACAUCAUAGUGUUGCUUCACCUAAUCAUCAGCAGCAAUAUGAUGCUAGCUACCAACAAUACAUUCAUCAAACCGCCAUUUCUAACAACACUGAUUCUAUCAUUCCUGGUCAUAAUCACCAUCAACAACCCAGUGAUAAUAAUAAUCACGAUAAUCACAACAAUAAUCAGCAAUCUUCGUCUGAUAAUAAUUAUUCACCUCAGUCUGAUAUACCUCCUUUGUCGCUUAACAUUACCAUUAAUUCCCCUCAGACAAAUUUUAUCAUUAUACCUAAUUCGGAUAUGAUUCAGCAAGUUCUUGCUUGUUUGAAUAAUCCUUCUUCAGGAUUUCAACGGUAAAAUUUUGUACAACCAUGCAAUAUUCUAUUCUUUAUUUAUUCUUUAUUUCUUUAUAUUCUGGCAUAAUUACUAGUAGUUGUUACAGUAGAAAUAUUUAGCCUAUCACAGAAAAUAAACUGUAUAACCAUUUUAUCUUAUUU